AUGUUAAUGCCAACACAGGAAAUGGCAUCAACAGUUUUUAGGUAAGGGGCACUAGGGUGCUCAUAGCUGGUGAGAGCUGGGUGUCUUUGUUAAAUACAUCAUUCAUAUAACACUUGGUGACUGUGGGUGUGAUCUAAGCUUGUCAUUUCAGUUUUUAAAAGACAUAAAUUUUGUUUUCAGAUACAUGGUUCAUUAGUGUUUCGCAUACCCAUCACAAAACGAUCGGCUUUGUGGAGCGUAGGAAAAUAAAUGUCCUCUUUGUUUUUCUGUUCACAAAAUAUUAUUAAUUUAUUUAUGCCUUAAGGCAGAGAUACAACUCAGCCUUGGACGUCAGGCAGUAAGGAUGAUUUCAGGUGUUGGUUCGUUGUUGUUUUGUUUUUUUUCUGGGUAAAAAUAAAGAGCACCAAAGGCAGGAGGCAUUAACUGCCCAAUUAGUGCAGGCAUAGAAAAGUAGCUGAAUUUUCUCCAGAAGGGGCAGAUACUGCUUUUGCAAAAUUUCAGGGACUAACCUACGAUAAUACAUACAGUAAUUGCGUCCAGUUCUGAGAGAUUUCUAUGAAGAACAAGAUCCCUUAAAGUGGUCAAGUUGCGCACACAAGGCCUUCUGUUCAUUUGGAGACCUUGACUUAGCAUUGUUGAAUAUCCUGAUGCACAACUGGGUGUCCUAUUGGAGCGUGGUGGAACUUGUAUGAUCACAUCUUGCCUGAGGUCUCAGAAAUGAUGUCAUGAGGGUAUCUUGCUGAGCAAAACUGUAACCUGCUCAUAGAAGAGUUAUCAUAUCACUGUGACAGCACUUUGUGGGGGACUGUUUGGGUACCGUAGAUGUUCCUCUCAGCACAUCGUGGUAGAUGUACCAGAGGAAGAGAUGGAUAACGCCACAUUUAGAAGCAACACUGUACUGUCUGAUGUGCACUUACACUGUCCAAAUAAAAGACAUCUCAUGGUGCGAUUGAACACAGUUGGACAGCCAGUAUUCCUGUCGUAUUUCAAACUCCUUUGGAACACAGAAGAUUCGUCACCUGAGAAAGAUGUGAGAGAAGCUACAACAGAAAGGGAACACCCGUAUGGAAGUGGAGAUGUACUGUGUGACAAGGACGGCAAUAAUCUAAAAAAAGAGAGAGAGACAAAUAUUGAAGGAGUAGAAGCUCUGCUGGAUGAUGACGGAGACUUGGAAGUGGUUAGAAGACCUCGAAGUGCCUCUGAUUUAGAAGCAGAGAAUCUUUUGAGGGAUAGAGUGUAUCCUGUAAUUCUGAUGAAAGGGGGAGAAGAUGCUUUUGAAGAUGAAGAACAAGGCGGCACCUGCAGUGAUGUUGUUAAAAUAGAACAUACUAUGGCGACCCCCUUAGAAGAUGUUGGUAAACAAGUGUGGCGUGCAGCCUUUCUUCUUGCUGAUUACAUUCUGUUUCAACGGGACAUGUUCAGGUGUUGCUCGGUGCUAGAGCUCGGAGGCGGCACUGGAAUUACAAGCAUUAUCAUGGGAAUAGUUGCCAAGAGAGUUUAUUGCACAGAUGUUGGUGAAGAUCUCCUGGCCAUGUGUGAGCAAAAUGUUGCGUUAAACAAACACCUGAUGGAGCCGGGAAGAGGGGAAGUUAAAGUAAAGGAACUGGACUGGCUGAAAGAUGAAUUCUGCACUGAUCCUGAAGCUCCUUAUAGCUGGUCUGAAGAAGAGAUUGCUGAUUUGCAUGACCACUGUACUGUGAUAAUGGCAGCUGAUGUGUUCUAUGAUGAUGACCUGACAGAUGCCUUGUUCAGAACACUGUAUAGGAUCACACACAACUUGAGAAAUUCUUGCACAGUUUACAUAGCAUUAGAAAAAAGGCUGAACUUCACUUUAAGACAUAUGGAUGUUACAUGUGAAGCCUACAGUCAUUUUAGAAAUACUCUAAAUGAUUUGGAGAACCUCCAAGAUGGAAAAAUGAAAUAUACUGUGGAGCCCAUCAAGCUUGAUUUCUGCCAGUUUCUCGUUUAUGAACGAAUUGAGCAGUUGGAACUGUGGAGGAUCGUUGCUGAACAGCUCACAUGACAGCGACAUGAGAAAAUAGAAGAUUUUGUUAAAAAUGGAUUUUCAUCCCGAGAAAAGCAUUUACCUGGUGGAACUGUGGUCUCACAAAGUAUGGCUGUGCAGAUUUGCUUUACUUCAGUAGGUUUUGGUUUGGGUGCUUGGGACAUAGUUUCUUUGAUGUUUCUUUUACAAAACUGUUUAAUAUUGGUCUUUUCUGUAUGCGCUGGAUGCCAAACGGUGGCAGGGACACAGUGGCUUAUUCUUUGGGGUUGAUGGCUUAGGUUUUGGAGUCUGACAAGGAGCUAUUUUAACCUUUCCGUGUGGCUGAUUUGCAGAUGUCAUGCAUUUUCCUUUUCAUCUUCUGAACAUGGGCAAUAUUCUUGGUCUCAUCCUAGUUCCAUAUUAUUUAUGUUUAUGACCAUUUGUGAAAGAGUGUUCUGGGCAAGAUCUAUUUGCCUUUCAUGGACUCUUCUUUAAGCAAUCUGUUUAUGAAACUUAGUCCUUAAUUUUCAGUUUGUCCUAUCUAAAUUAUACUAGUUUAGUACUACUAUCCGAGCUGAAAGAAGAUGAGAUGCAUUUUGCUUGAGCCUCUAAAAAUACUCCACAGAGGUCCUGGAGCUAUAUUGUCCUGCUGAAAUUUUAAGCUAUUCUGUCCUCGCCAGGUUGAGGGUGGAAGAUACCAUGUGAAGUGAUGGAUAUGCUACUGCUCUUGAAAUGUUUGGGAUCCUACCCUCAAUGUGUAUGUGUGAGGCUGGGGAGAAGGAGGUGACCGAGAAUGUCUUGCCCAUGCAAAUGGUGCCUUCACUAUCUUUGACUUCAGAUUAAAGUGCAACAUACUGAUCAAA